AUGGACCUUCGGAACGAGAGUAAUCAUGUUUUCAACAUUAAGUUGGCCAAGAUUAUAGGAUUGUAUCAAAUGUUGGAUCCCGGAACCGUAAAAUGUCGGGGUCGAAACAUCUAUCACAUUGUCACGUCGUGCGCUUUGCUUUAUAUGUGUCUCAUCUCGAUGAUUUUGAUCCUCAGUAUUUUGUACUAUUGGAAUGUCAAUAUACCUAUAAGUGUGGAUUAUUUUUGGAAAGCAAUGGACUCGUUUUACAUAAUCUACAAGACGUGGAUGAUCAUCCACUACUCGAACGACUUAUGGAAUUGUUUGUCGAUCACACGGUACGAUUUUACAACGUUAAGCAACCGGAGCAGACACAUACUGGAUCGUUGGCGAGAACGCUUGGUGUGGUUAACGACCAUAUAUGCAAUCAUGUAUUUAACUUCUACGGUCAGUUACUUGUCCAUUACCUUGGCAUUCAGUGGAGAUAAAUUACCAGUAAAAAACCAUGACGUCUCAAUCGGGUAUUACCGACAGAAUUGUCAUGAAUCCAUGAAAUCCAUGAAUUUGUAUUUAAUCGUAUCUGACGAAACUUACAACGCACUGUAUUAUAUGUUUUAUUUCGUCGAGGCAUUAUUCGGCGUCUUUAUGGGAUUAUAUUUCCUUAUAUUCGAUAUUCUUCUGGUUACACUUUGCUUCGGUAUGUGCUGCCAGAUGGAAAUAAUUUGCUCUGCAUUCGAAUCGGUUGGGCACAAAUCACUUUGUGACCAGCAUUCACCAACAGAUUACACAGAUGAAAAUAUUAAGAUAUCAACUAAUGAACAUGAUAUAAUAUAUGAAGAAUUAAAAACAAUUAUAAUAGAUCAUCAAGCAGUAAUGGAGAUAUAUGAACAUUUCUUAACUCUAUUUCGACGAGUAAUGUUGUGGCACAUUUUUGUAUCGUCAUUAUUGGUCAUCGCGCUUUGGUUUACUGCCAUAAUGAGUUUCUCCAACGAUGAACGGUUUAAGACAUCGGAAGUUAUCGUCAAAAAAAUAAUUUACUCAGUAAUUCCAGCAAUAUCGUUUCAAAUAUUUAUGUUGUGUUACUUAUUUGGCAAUGUACAUAAUCAAAAAGAUUCAGUAAUAUUUGCAUUGUACAGCAGUAAUUGGACAGAAAUGGAUAUGAAAUGUAAAAAAUUGAUAUUAUUGACAAUGACAUUGAAUAAUGCUAAUCAAAAAAAGUUAAAAUUUACUAGAACAAAAAUUGUAAACUUGGAAAUGUUUUUUAAAACAAUGGGUAAUUGCUACACAGUUAUUUCGGUUUUAGUAAAUUAUAUAUUAUAA